UUACACUAGCACACAAUUCUGCCAGCCUUGGUGGUCUGCAGUUCAAGAGUUCAUUAUUUUUCGUCCAUCCAACUUAUGUCGAUAAACAAUUUAUGACUCCAAUGUAGCCUGAGACAAGACUGCACAAUAUUGAAUGUGAGUUUUCUGUAUACAAAAAGUCCAACUUGGCAGGGGAAAUUAUUCCAUCAUGAAUUUGAUGUGCAUGGUGUCCAUGAUGCUCGGCCUAACGGCUGGCAUACUAUCAGCUAUGAUUGUAAGUCAAUACCAACAUAUAUUUGACAAAAAAACCAGCGCCACGAUUAAAUCUCACGUGGUUCAAUCGCCCGAAGAGCAUAUUGAAAUUAAUGGUGAAUAUGCAACAGGAGGAUCAAGUUUUUACUUCGUGCUACCUGACAGACGCGGAGAAAUCCCCAGCAACAUUCUUAUAGCUGACUCAUUUGCAGAUAAAGUCAACAGAGACUCCAAAAACAACUUUUUUGAUCCUCGAUUAAACGGCACGACUCUGUACAACAAGGUUAAAAUCUUGUGUUUUAUAACUCUACGGAAAAGUGAGAUACUCAACUAUGGAAAAGCUAUUAAAGCAACGUGGGCGAAACAUUGUAAUAAAAUGAUCUUCUUAAGCAGUGAGUUUAACUCUGAAGUUGGGGUUAUAGAUAUUGACUUACCAGACGGUCGUACGCAAUCGUGGCAUCGAUCUAAGCUCGCCCUGCAAUACGUUUACGAUUCCUUCAAGGACCAAGACUUUGAUUGGUUCGUCAAGGCUAACUUUGACUCUAUUGUCAUCUUGGAAAACCUUCGCUAUUUUUUGCUGAUGCAUAAAGCCAACAUACCGAACUAUAUCGGUCAUGUUUUUAGUGGACCAAAAACUGGAGGUUCAAUUUUCACUCUGAACAAAGAAGCUCUUGAACUGAUAGUCCCAACGCUUAAAGACAAUAAACCCCUCUUUGGGGGUGUGGCCGAUGACUUGGAAUUAGAGGGAUGCUUCAAGGCGGCAGGGGCGUUAUCCAGUAGUCAUGGCCGAGAUGUAGAAGGCGUUCAGAGGUUCCGUAUGAUUGUACCUGACCACAAACUACCUGACAAUACUAAAGGCUACGCAACUUGGUACUGGCGCUACAUUCGUUUGCCUGGUGAAAAGGGCCCAGAAUGCUGUUCAGACUACUCCAUCUCCUUCCAUUACAUCAGCCCAAACACGAUGUAUCUUCUGGAGUACAUGAUCUACCACAUGCGUCCAUUCGGCAUCGGUCACUACACAUGUCCAGCUAAUAUAGACACCAUCUUGAAGAAGACUCAACUCUCUGCAGAGGAGCAACUCAAGGUCCUAAGCGCCGAGGGUAAUGAUGUAGAGGUAGCCAAGUCAAAGGAGAAACAGGGAGCAGUGAACUUGAUGGAAUGAAGAAGCUGAUGGAAUGAAGAGUUGCUGUAGCCUUGCAUACAGGUGAUGUGUUUAUGUAAUGGACCAAGUAUUGUUUCUUGAGGAACCUGAUAUUGUUUCUUUUAAAUAGAUGGAUUGCACAUUGUGCCAUUGACCACGUUGAUAAUGUGCAAGGCGAUCAUUAGCAGAGAGCUUAGCCUGUACAUGUGUGCACUUUUCCAUUGUUAACUAUCAACUAUGGCAGUCGAUGAUGCUUUGUGCAAUUUAUCUAUUCCCACCAAUAAGUUAUGUAGUGGACCAAGUAGUGCUCCCUGUGGAACAUUAAUUACUACACUUGAAACUCUUAAAUUCCCUCCAAUUAGAGAAAUCAGAAAGUUGUGUCAUUAGAUUUCCGUCCCAUAGGCAGUCUUCUUUAAAAAAAACAUGGUACACUUGUCUUAUUUCAUGUUUGUCCACUGCUCAGUCCAUUUUGUUCUAUUAAGCCUUUAAGGCAGUGGACACUAUUGGUAAUUCUCAAAAUAAUUAUUAGCAUAAAACCUUACCUGGUAACAAGUAAU